CGCACCCCACCCCCGGGAGCCCGAGGAGGCAGAAGAGGAGGUGGUGGUAGUGGACUGGAAAGGGAGGGGGGUGUGUGUGAAGAAGGAGGCAAGGAAGAUGGACCCAGCCCCCUCGCAGGGCUACAGUCUGAAGGAUGUGAAGUGGAGUUCGGGAGCCGUUCCGCUGGACUUGCUGGUCAGCACUUAUCGGCUGCCCCAGAUCGCCCGGCUGGACAGCGGAGAGUCUGUGGAAGGUCUUCGAGAAAAUGACUACCUUCUGAUUCAUUCCUGCCGGCAGUGGACAACCAUCACAGCACAUAGCCUGGAGGAAGGUCACUAUGUCAUUGGACCAAAAAUAGAAAUCCCUGUACAUUAUGCAGGGCAGUUUAAGCUGCUGGAACAAGACCGGGAUAUUAAGGAACCAGUGCAGUAUUUUAACAGUGUGGAGGAGGUGGCGAAAGCAUUUCCUGAACGAGUUUACGUCAUGGAGGAAAUAACAUUCAACGUGAAGGUUGCCGCAGGAGAAUGCAAUGAAGACACAGAAGUUUACAACAUCACUCUUUGCACUGGGGAUGAACUCACUUUAAUGGGGCAGGCAGAAAUCCUUUAUGCAAAGACAUACAAGGAGAAGUCACGAUUCAACACAAUCUUCAAGAAGAUCGGAAAACUCAAUUCCAUUGGCAAGCUGGGUAAAGGCAAAAUGCCGUGCCUCAUUUGCAUGAAUCACAGGACCAACGAGAGCAUCAGCCUUCCAUUUCAGUGCAAGGGUCGAUUUAGUACUCGGAGCCCACUGGAGCUUCAGAUGCAAGAGGGUGAACACACGAUCCGCAACAUUGUGGAGAAAACCAGGCUGCCUGUCAACGUGAUUGUGCCGAGCCCUCCUCCCAGAAACCCGUAUGACCUCCACUUCAUUCGUGAAGGUCACCGGUACAAGUUUGUGAACAUCCAGACCAAGACGGUGGCAGUAUGCUGUGUGCUGCGGGGCACCAAAGUCCUCCCCAUGCAUUUCCCUUUGCACUUGACCGUCCCCAAGUUCAGCCUCCCAGAAAACCUGGUGAAGGGAGAGGCCUGGCCUGAUACCCUGGUCCAGCAUUGGCUCGGUGUCUGCCAAGAACAGUUUGACAUUGAUGAGUACUCCCGUGCUGUCCGUGAUGUGAAGACAGACUGGAAUGAUGAUUGUAAGAGCCCUAAGAAGAGUCGAUGUUCUGGGCACAACCACAUACCCAACUCCCUCAGCUAUGCCCGGGAUGAGUUGACACAGUCCUUUCACAGGCUCUCCGUCUGUGUGUAUGGGAAUAACCUACAUGGCAACAGCGAAGUGAACCUUCAUGGGUGUAGGGAUCUGGGAGGGGAGUGGACUCCAUUUUCUCAUGACACCCUACAGUACCAGGACUCCGGCGACAGUGGGAGUGAUUACCUUUUCCCUGAAGUGGGUGAUGAAUCUGUGUGUCUCCCAUCGAAGCCAGAACUCCCUUAUGAAGAGCUGUGGCUAGACCAAGGCAAGACAGACAGCCAACCCCUUCCUGGUUCCUCGAGCGAAAAAACACAAUGUGAUAAUUACAGAAGCUCGAUCCGGUCAAAAUGUGGCACUUCUCUCCCUGUUGCUGGGACACUGGCAGCAACGACAUCUUCAGAUGUGGCCCUACCUCCACCUCCAGUGCCUCCCAAAUCUGAAGCUGUUAGGGAAGAAUGCCGACUUUUGAACGCGCCACCUGUUCCACCCAGAAGCGCAAAGCCUUCAUCAACAAGUCCUUCCAUUCCUCCUCGAUCAGCGAAACCAGUGAGGCAACAGACUCGUUCUCCCAGCCCCACCUUGUCCUACUAUUCUUCAGGGCUGCACAACAUCAGCGUCACCGAGACUGACCCAACAAGUCCUUCAGAAAGUGCUUCUGUUUCCUGCUAUCCGUGUAACAGGAUGAAGACUGAGUCUCUGGAACUUAGCAGGUCUCCAUUUGGAAGUCCCACUGCUGAAACUCUGUCCUCUAGACUGUCAUGGCCCAGCCAUUUCUUGGGAGCAACUGAGAGUGAGAACAAGAAUGACUUCCUGUUGGAUCCGAGCCGAAGUUACAGUUACCCGAGGCAGAAGACCCCAGGCACGCCCAAAAGAAACUGUCCAGCAGCUUUUGAUUUUGAAGGGUGUGACCUCUAUGUAGCCUCCACCCAGUCAGGUCCAGCAGAGUUCAUAGGUGGGAUGUCCGGGUGUCCUAAAUCAGCCAGUUACUCCUUAGAAUGCACAGAUGAGAAGACCCUAGCAGCUAGCCCCGCAAAACAGAGUCGCUCCUGCCCAGCCUUACCCCCGAGAGCGCCCAAACUAACUGAGGGGAAACCGGCCCCAGAAUCGUUCCCUUUACCUAUGAAAAUUGAUGGUGCUGAAGAAAACCCUAAGCCUGGCUCGCCAGACCUCUCUGAGGAUCAGUAUUUUGUUAAAAAAGGCACACAAGACAUUUUCUCCAUUUCUUACCCAUUUUCCUCACCCCUUCACCUCCAGUUAGCUCCAAGAUCUUGUGGCGAUGGUUCCCCAUGGCAACCGCCCACCGACCUGUCGGGACUUUCUAUAGAGGAAGUGUCCAAAUCACUACGGUUCAUUGGUUUGUCAGAAGAUGUCAUCUCGUUCUUUGUUACUGAAAAGAUCGAUGGGAAUUUGCUAGUCCAGCUAACUGAAGAGAUCCUCUCAGAGGACUUCAAGCUCAGCAAACUCCAGGUGAAGAAAAUACUACAGUUUAUUAAUGGCUGGAGGCCCAAGAUUUAGCCCGGGGACCCAUCUGGCACUGAAUGAAACUGGUGAAUUGAUGUGCUAGAAGGGUUAGGGCUUGGUACAUAAUUUCAUUAUUAUUAUUAAUUUUUUUUUUGCACUAAAACCCCUCUGUAAAUAGUGGUAGAAACUUUUACUAUGCAGAUUAAGUUUUUGGAUGGUGAACCAGGCUAUUUUGUAUGUCAAUAAAAAUGCCAUAGAGAACACUUUAAGAGGUGUGCCUUGUACAUCACUCAACACCCAGCAGCUGGUAAAAGAGAAAUGGGAAUGCUAGGAUGUUGGCCCAGGUACGUUUAUGCUAAGAAGGUGUGAUAUUUAUUACUGAACAGCCAAAGCUGAAAGAUGUAAAUCCAAAAUACCCUUGUGACCAAGAAUCCUUUUCUUUUAGGGACUGACUUCAGACAGUUAACUAGUUGCUAUGCUCUGUCUGGUGGCUUGUUUAAUGCUAAUUCUUUUUGAUUAUGGUGCCUGAAAAUAUUUUAAAGGUGGUUAUGCUAAUCCUCUGAAAAUAAAAAUGUUGUAUGCUUAGUGCAGUUCUUUUUACCCAAAGUUGUUGAUGUUCUGAAAGUCACAUGUUGAUAGAAUUAGGCUAUGUUAAAUGCCCUAAGUAAUAAUAAACUAUGAUAAUUGUAAUUUACCUAUAACUGCUGCUACUUUUGCUAAGCAGAGAAAAACUACUAUAUACACAAGUAUGCUUCAAAGCUACAUUCUGAGUCAGAUCAUUUAAAUAAUAGUUUAAACUUUCCAUCAAGGUAUUAGGACUUAGAAAUGUCAUUUAUGUGUCAUUUGCUUUCACAGAAAUAGCAUGGACAUGGUGACUGCUAAAAAUUCUUGGAAUCCUAGGACUCCUAUGUGAAUCUUCUUGUACUUCUUAAUAAAGAAACCUGAAGCCAAAUCAUUACAGAAUGACUUUAUCUUUUAAAUCUACUGUAGUGUAGGAGGCAGAGAAGGAAUCUUUUGCAUCAGUGCAUCAUUAUCAUUAUGGGAUGCUGAGCCUCAAUGUGCCUCCAACUUAGAUUCAUUCUUCUGAUCGGGGAAAAUUUGGACACCAUCAAUCUAAAUAUGUUCUCCAUAUGUUUCAUGCAUUAGCUUAGCCCAGAAACCAGAAAUGACAUUCUUUGUUGUCUUCUUGUGUUCUCUGGCCCGUUUACCAAUUAGAGACAUUUUUUUAAAAAGAAAGAAAAGGAAAAAAAAAAAAAAGAAUGGUGUCCCCACAAUCUUAGUGCAAUUUUAGUUUAUUAAACCUUAAAACUGAACCAAGACUUGGGAUACUCUUCAUAGAUAAGACAAAUUCAUUAACUCUUCUAUCUAUCCUCCUAACCCCCAAUCAAAAUUCAUUAUUGACUUUCUGUUCUAAAAUUAAGGAAUAGUAAUAUGGCCUAUUGUUUUAGACAGGAUUAAAUAUUUUUAAAUUCAGUAGUAGGAUUCAGGUUCUCCCUUUAAUGUUUAAAGGACUUCUUCUACCCUUGAGUUUGUUUCAUGAGCUGAGUCCUCCCAACAUGGUCAGUCUAUAGAUUGAGGCAUUCUUCUGUGUUGGGAGGUGUCUAGACAUUGUUAAGGGAUAUGUUUUUUUAGGUGCAUCAUCAACUGGCAAGCUUAAUUGUUAGAUUGGGCUGUGCAGACAUACCUGCCUUAUGAACUUGUAUCUUGUUCUGGCUUUUCUUUGGAUUUUUUGGGGUGUGUUCUUGAAAGGAGGACAAGUUCAUGUUACCGGUGUGACUGCCUGGUGCAAUCUAACUAGCUGAUGUUCUUCUUAUCCUAGAUGAUAAACCCUUGUGGUCAUCAUUCAAGAGUUAGCUUUAAUCCAUGUCAUGACAGGGAAGUUGCAAUAUGCUAACAUAACAAAAGAAAUCACUUUUUUCAGAGUUGCACUUUUUUUUUUUUUAGUAAGACAAUUGGGGUUAAGUGACUUGCCCAGGGUCACAUAGCUAGUAAGUGUUAAGUGUCUGGAGCUGGAUUUGAACUCGGGUUCUCCUAAAUCCAGGGCUGGUACUCUAUCCACUGCGCCACCUAGCUGCCCAAGAAAUCACUUUUGCUUUUCACUCAUCUAAUUUUUUUUCCUUUUUUCAUAAGUAUCUGUGUUGACGUGGAGGAUGGGAGGGGCUUUUGUUUUUUUGUUUUCCUUUCCUCAAAACAUCUGAAAAUCUCCUUCCCAAAGCUGGAUGUUAAGCGUCACUAAUGGAAAGGGCUGGAGGAUAAAAAGCUGAUCUUAGUUCUCUGACACAGGCUGCCUGUGUGACCCCGACCAAGCUCCUUAGUCCCUCUCAGUGCUCUAAGCUUUUCUUUAAGUCUAGAACUUGCAGAGCAGGUACCAACCUGCAUGAAUAGAGGGCAUUUCUCAUCUAGAGGUCCCUAACCCAAUAAAACCAUGGGUCUGGUUUAAAAAAUAAAGGGGACUAUACAAACCUAGGAAAGAUGUUGACUGGCAACCUCCUAUCAUUGCUCUUGUGCAAUUUUGUAACCCAACCUGGAAAGGACCUAAAAGCCAUCUAAGGCAAUCCUCUCAUGGGAUAGAUUUAAAAAAAAAAAAGACCCCAGGAGGUUAAAUGACGUGCCUACAAGUUAUACAACUAGUCAGCAAUGUUGUGUGAUGGAGAGAAUGCCAACUUUGGUAUCAAGAAGAUUUCGGUUCGUCUUGCCUUAGACAUUUGUUAGCUUUGUGAUCAUGGACAAAUCACUUGCCACACCCACCCACCCCAGGUCAACUUUCUAAUAUUGAAAGGUAGAGGAGAAAGAGCCAAUCUAUUAGUGUUAGGAGUUAGUUACAUUGAAGAACGUAUAAGGUUCUAUCAAAAAUUAAGCCUCUUGACGGGGCAGCUAGGUGGCGCAGUGGAUAGAGCACCGGCCCUGGAGUCAGGAGUACCUGAGUUCAAAUCCGGCCUCAGACACUUAACACUUACUAGCUGUGUGACCCUGGGCAAGUCACUUAACCCCAAUUGCCUCACUAAAAUAAAUAAAUAAAUAAAUAAAUUAAGCCUCUUGGAUUUGUUUCUCUGGAAGGGACUGGGAAGGUUCCUUUUAGCUACACCCUGAUGAAUCAGUUUUAAGUCUCUUGGCAUUUAGCUGCAUAGUUCCCCAAUUUAGGAAGGAGAGCAGGGCUGAGUUUUUGCAUAGCCUUCACUGUCUUCACACAAGAGCUCAGCCCUUCCCUUGUUGGUUUGUUUCUGCCUAACCAGAAGUUUCUUAAGAAAAAAUGAUUUAUUGAAAAUUGUCUUCUGUUGGUCAUUAUAAAAAUAAUUUGGUUCUUGUGGCUAAGAGCAAGAGAGAUGUCAAGGCGAUUGACACAAAUUCCUCUGAAUUUGCUAGAUUUGAUGAGGUAAGGAUGAGGUAUUUCAUACUUUUUGAAAGUGAUUCUUUCCCUGUGCUUCUCUCCUCCUGUGAACUAAAAGAAAAGGAGGUGUGACCAAAAGACCAUUGGAUAUUGUUUAAAAUCAUUAAGCCUAGAAAUACUUUUAUAGUAAACUUCCACUGUCUCCUGCUAAUAGUUCACUCCUGUAUGUUUUCUGUUAUGGGUGGGGGUGGGGGUGGGGGGGCGGAAAUCCUUUUUUCUACAAUUGUAAUAAAUAUCUUCUGUCAUCUCUAAACCAUAAAUAAGCAUAAGCUUACUCCAAGAGCUACAGUAAGCAAAUAUAGAGCUUGGUGGCUGUCGUCAACAGUCCUCAGACACUGGGACUAGACAGAACACGAAUAUCUCUGUAAGAGAGUCAUAGCUAUAACAAGUAAUGUGGUACAGAAGUGGAAAGGGAAUAAUCUUGCCAUUCUUACCACCGGAACUCAGUGCGGACCUAUAUCCCAAAGAAGCAAGGCCUCUUGCUGCCCAUCAAGGCCAGGGAAAGUCCAUGAGGCCACCUCAGAGUUCAGAAGAUGUAGAUAUUUCCGGUGUACUUGGUGAGGUCUGCACAGUAAACAGAGACCAUAUACUCAGUAAUGACAUGGGGGGUGGGGGAAGUGUCCCAACUCAGCCCUACAGGCCUUCUUUUGUUUAAUCUAUUAAGUAAUCUUUCAGAAAUCAUGAAGCAAGAAGGCUACACACCCACUAAACCCUUAAAUGCAACUAAUGUUAGGAGGAAACAUUUUAGAUUCUUUCAUCCCAGGGGCUCAUGGGAAAAGCAUAGACAAUUCUUAUAAAAUAGCGGAAAUUAAAUUCACCAGUUUGCAGGUUUCUCCGGCUACUCUUCUUUUUUGGGGGGGGUGGGGUGAGGCAAUGGGGGUUAAGUGACUUGCCCAGGGUCACACAGCUAGUAAGUGUUAAGUGUCUGAGGCCGGAUUUGAACUCAGGUCCUCCUGACUCCAGGGCCGUUGCUCUAUCCACUGUGCCACCUAGCUGCCCCUUUGGGCUACUCUUCUUAAACCCAAACUGCCUAACUUUGACAAAUAGGAAAACUUACUUGUUUUGCUCUACAUCUGCUUUCCAUUUUGAUAAAGGUUCAGUUAACCACCCAGAGCAACCAUGUGGAAGGUUUCCUUGCAUGGAAGUAACAAAAUAGAGCCACCACCCCCAGAAAAAUCAUCCCUGUGGAAAAUGUUAUAAAAAGUUUGCUUUCAGACAACUGUUUAUAUACACCACAUACAAAUCCAUACCAUAUUCACCUCUGUAUUAGCUACAAGCUUUCCCCAAGAAGUAGGCAUGUAUGGCUGUGUCAGUGCUCUUGUCCUCAGCAUUAUGAAUAGCUAAGCAAGAGGCCAUUCCUUUUUUGUUUUGGUUUAGUUUUAAAUUUACUCUGAACAUAAUACCAAAUAAAAUGAAUGUGUGUGUAUAGAUGUGUGUAUAUACAUAUAUACACACCCUACAUAGUGUGUGUGGUAUAUACAUACAUACAUGCAUAUAUAUGUAUUAUAUAGAGAGACACAUAUAUGUGAAAAGAUUGUACAUGAAUCCAUAGGUCUCUUAUGUACCGCUUGUUUUAAUUUCAAAGUUUAUAAUAAAUUUAACCUGUAGCUACAAGCUUCUUUCUGGUCUAUCUUAUGUCUCAAGAGGCCAUUCCUCAUGCUCAUGAAGUAGCCUGAGUGUUUGGAAUAACUAACUUCCUGGCUAACUGAUAGUCCCAAAGUCAGUGAAGGCCAUAGGGUCAAAGUUAGAGCCAAUACCCCAAGUCUUGACUCCCAAGUUUUUCAUCCUCAAACUACCAAAAAAAACAAAAACAAAAACACAAAGGCAAAGUAUGCCUGUGUAUGACUUUAAGGAAGUGUCCUCCAUUAAUUAGCUCGAUUAUUAACAAUUUCUUCAUCUUAUUAACUUGGUCAAGGUUUCAGUCUGUUAAGAGGAGGGCUAUCAUGUUCUAAAGAAGAGACAGUGAAAAUGCUGAUAGCAAGACUUUACUUUGGGAGAGAGAAAUAUUGCUUAGAAAUUAGAAUGGCAACUUCUGGCUAAAACAUUACAUAAGACUUCAAAACUUGGUUGUUUUGAAAUUCACCUGAUUUUAAGUUUUUGUCAUAAAAAAUGUAAAAAAUGAUGGUUUCUGUAUUUUUGCUGAGUUUUGUAUUUUUGUUCUGUAAACUAUGAGUAUUAGUGCUCCUUCAGUUAAAUUGUUGUCUUGGGUCUGCGGGUUUUCUUGGCUUACAAUCCCAUGUAAUGGCAUUUCUUCGAUAAAAAAACUCCCCCUCUCCCAUUUCCAUGUUAAAUUCCCAUUUAAAACAUUGUGUGAGCUGUCUAAAAUUAGAAAGAAUUUAGUUGAUUAUUAGAAUUCUGAAGGUUUGGGGUGACUUGAAUCUAAGAAAUGUAUUGGAUUUUUAAAAAAAAACAUUUUGUAAACCAUUUUUACAUGAGUUCUUUACUUGGAAAACUUGGAUUGUCGGCUAACAAAUACAUUCUUUUCAGGAGCAUUACCUAAUGGACCCAUUGUGUACCUCGAGAUCGACAGUAUAUUAAGUCCAAACUUAUUGUUGGGUGAUUACAAUGAUGUCCAUCAAUAAAAGGAUCUUUGUUAAAGUUG